ACAGCGCUGCUCCUCCUCCUACCAGUGUCUCCCAAGUCCCAACGACGCGAACGCGAUUGGCGAUUCCAUUUCCACCCCGAGACCUCCAGCCGUCCGUCCCCUGAACCCUCAACCUUCGCCGCCCCCGCCUCGGCACUCGGCGGCCGCCGGCACGCACCGCGGAGUCUCGAGACAGGAACCGGAGGAGCGAAGCGAUGGAGGAGGACUCGCCGCUGACGAAGACGGUGAAGGGCGCGGUGACGGGGCUCGCCGCGGGGACCAUCUGGGGCACCGUCGUCGCCACCUGGUACGACGUGCCCCGGGUGGAGCGCCACGUCGCGCUCCCGGGCCUCAUCCGAACGCUCAAGAUGUGCGGCACCUACGGGGCCACCUUCGCCACCAUCGGAGGCCUCUACAUCGGCGUCGAGCAGCUCGUGCAGAGCCAGCGCAAGAAGCGCGACUUCGUCAACGGGGCCGUCGGCGCGUUCGUCGCCGGAGCCUCUGUCUGCGGUUACAGAGGAAAGAGUAUUCAGUCAGCCCUCAUCGGAGGCUCCUGCCUGGCCUUCACAUCUGCUGUGCUGGACAUUGGUGGCAAUACGACCAGAGUGGACAACGGCAAAGAGUACUAUGCCUACACAACUGAGAAGAAGCCUGCAAAUUGAUUUUAAGUCUGUGUUUGUAGCAAGCAAUCUUGCAAGUCAUCAACUCAGGGAAUUUGAAGCUGAUGUGCAGUUUUAUUAUCUCAGUUUUGCUGAUGCAGUUAGUUCCUAAGCAAAUCCAUGGCAACUUUAUCACUGAUGCUUGAGAGGGAUGGGAAUGAUACUCAGAAUAAAUCUUUGGUUUGCUUUCUUGUGAUCGUUGAUCACAAUAAACGCAGUGGCACGAUAUACUGUGUAAUUGUCUAUUUUCCCCUGGUAGAACAUGAAAUGCUGAAGUUCCUCUUUUGUGAUAUAUAAAGCCUCAGGGUCCUGCAUAACA